AUGCCUUUUGACUUGCCAACCCUUCGGAAGAUUGCGUAUGGCGUCUUUGCAUUUUUCUCCUUCGUCGUCUUUUGCUUGACUAUUGCUCGACUUGCCUACACAAACAACUUGCCGCGUGGCGAUCCAUUAAACAGAGGUGGAGGAACUUCUAUGGCAAGACCUCGACACGCGUCUCUCCGUCACCCAGUGUACUUACUCCAUCUUCCAGACCCAGAUAUUGUGGAACUGCUGGUGACCUCAAUGAUGUCGAUGGCGUGGGCCAGUUUCCUCAUCUACACCAUUCAUAAGCGUGUGGAGGGCAACCUCGUGUCGACAUUCCGCGGCGAGCUCGUCGGCCUGGCUAUCAUCUGGCUGUUCUGGAUCGUUGGGACAUCUAUCGCCACCACUUUCUGGGGAAACCUCGGCUUCUGCUCUGAAUUCGAGGCCUGUCGCGUCCUCUCCGCCAUCGUCGCCUUCUCCUGGCUGGCAUGGCUCACUCUGACUUUGAUUUCUGGAGUUAGCGUCACCUUCAUCAUCGCAAACGGCGCAUUGCUCGAACCAUUGCACGGGCAAUGGAUUCCUGCUUUGCCACGAGACUUAGAGACUGGCAGCCAGUACACGGAACGCAACCCUCGCUCGCGUCCUGUUUCCACUGGUGCCUAA